GAGAGAGAGAGAGAGAGAUACAGAGUGAAAGACCUCUCCUCCUAAAGCCCACCGUUAUGGAUAUGAAACUGCUCACACUGAUGACCCUGCUGGCCAUAGCCACACACGUACCAAAAACCAAAGCCAAGCCCAUCAGCCUGAUGGAGCGAUGCCUCUGCAAUUCUACUCUGAAUAAGCCUGCCCAGCGCUUUGUCAAGGAACUCAAAGAAAUCAAGGUCAUGUACAAGCCCAGCUGCCCCUUACAAGUCAUUGGAAAGCUGAAGAACAACAGAAGAGUCUGCAUCGACCCAGCAACUAAGUGGCUGCAAAAGUACUUGAAGAAAACCAUUGAUAACUUAAGGAAUCCCAAAAGACUCAGCAGCAAUGAUGAUGACGGUGAAGACAACAAUAUCAAAAAGAAAGAGUAAACUUCACCCUGAACGCUUUCUUGUCAUUGCUAUGGAUCUAUGCAAAAACACAGAAUGUGCAUGUCCAUGUCUCUGGACCACCUGCAGAACCAACACAUAACUUCCCAGCCAGUGCCGUCUUAUCACCAACACAGAUGUUGCUUCACUUCACCGCAACAUGUUGCUCCAAAGGACACACAUCAUUAUUGAAGGAUGGACACAAGUUCUACUCUGGGUUAAAGGGCAAAGAGGACAAGAUCAAGCUUGCCGCAUUAAGCCAAGAAUGAUGUGUUCAAUACUUUGCAUUAAGCUAUGGAAAUGGGUUCUUAAAUAAAGCUGCAUGUCUCUGAAACAUAGCCGUUGUUAUUGUAAUUUUAUGUGUGUGUGUGUGUGUGUGUGUGUGUGUGUGUGUGUGUGUGUGUGUGUGUGUGUGUGUGACGGGGAGAGAGAGAGAGAGAGAGAGAGAGAGAGAUCAAACAACUAAAUAAAUACACAAAUCUUUGCACAAAGUGACGCAUAGUACAGCUCUUAACAUGACAGGACAUUAUUUCCUCAUUUGUUAUUAAUGACUGCAGAAAUGUAGUGAGAGGACAAGACAACAAUUUAGAAAUGUGGUUAAAGUGAUCAUGACUGGUGUGUCAUCAUGUGUGGAAACCAAGACGUGCAGUAUUUACCACUGGACUGAAACCAAGCAUUAUGAAC